AUGUUGCAGUGUAGACAGGCUCAGGAGUUCAGCUUUGGGCCUCGAGCGCUGAAGGACGCACUGAUCUCCACCAACCCCGCGCUGCAGGAGCUGUACGCCAAGGCCUUCACCACUGCCGAGAAGCUCUUCCUGGCGGAGGCGUACAACCCCCGCCGGGCGCUCUUCUGCGGCCUGUUCAUCAGGACGGCCUUCGACUGGCUCCUCAGCCACCCUGACGCGCCUGAGGAUUUUGAAACCUUCUACUGUUCCCUGUUGAGGAGGAAGCAGCUCUUCUACCGCAAGCACAUAUACCUGCAACCCAUAGACCUGAGCGAAGGCCCCGCGGAGGUCUCCCUGCUGGACUCCCUCCGGAGCUGCGUCGAAUCUUUCUUCUUGGGUCUCCGAGUCAAGUGCCUUCCUUCCAUCCCGGUGUCAUCCAUCCACUGCUGUUACCGCAACAACGAGGAUUCGGACAGAGUACAGCUCCACACAGAUGGGAUUCUGACUUUUCUGAAGAACAACAAGCCGAUGGACGCCCUCUGUGUCCUGGGACUCACCCUGGCUGACCUCUACCCAUGCGAGGCGUGGAGCUUCACUUUCGGCAAGUUCCUGCCAGGCCAAGAAGUGGGGGUAUGCAGCUUUGCCAGGUUCUCUGGCGACUUCUGCCAGGUGGGCUGCACCACCCUGAACCCGUCCCACCGGAGGCGAGAGGGGCACCGUGAAGCCGUAGAGCAGGCCACGAACCAGACGCUGUUGUUCAACAUGCUCGAGAUGCUUCAGUGCUGCAAGGUCACAUGCCAUGAAAUCUGCCACCUGAUUGGCCUGGGCAACUGUCGCUGGCUUCAGUGCAUCAUGCAAGGGGCCCUGAGCCUAGACGAGGUGCUGCUGCGGCCUCUGGAACCCUGCCCGAUUUGCCUUCGGAAGCUGCAGUACGUGGUGGGCUUCAAACUUAUCGAGCGCUACCGGAAACUCUACGCCUGGACCCAAACCAUUCUGGCGACCUGGCCCGGCCGAGAAGCAGCAGAUCUGUCUGCCACCGAGGAUGCCAUGCCCUACAGUACAGACUCCGGGAUGGGUUGUGAGAACGACUCGGAGGCCGUGACGUCCUUCUCGGAGCCCCUGACGCCGGAGACCUGCAGCCAGGCCGUUUCCACCCUGCAGGAUCUGGACCUCGACGAAGAGUCGGCCGCUCUGACCGACGCUCCGAGCCAGGAGAAGCUGGGGGGCACCCCCGAGCCCCUGGACAUCAUUAAGGAAUACAUCCUGUGGCUCGAGAUGUGCAUUGCCGCUCUCGAGAAAGACGCCUCCGAAGAGGAGCUCUUGCAAGUGGACAGGGCGGUGGACACCCUGGUACGGUGGGAAAUGUUCACUGGGCAGCUGCCAGCCGUCAGGAGAGAACUGCCUUCCCCCAGUGACAGUCCAGGGCUGAGGAAGGUCCUCGGGGACAAAUUCUCCUCCUUGAGAAGGAAACUGAGCUCAAGAAAAAUGGCCAGAACGGAAUCUUCCCCUCAUCGCUGGAGAUGGGAAGACAGCUAG